GGGCGACCAGGACGAAGGAAACGAAGCUGGAAAUAGGAAACUACAACUCCCAGAAGGCACCGGGCUUCCUGGGCCGCGAAGCCUAAUGGGACCAAUAGUUCUCCACACGGCUCAACCUAGACGCCUGAGGCUGAAGUGGUGCGGCCUGAGGCGCCUGGAGUGGCAGAGAUGGAGCUGGAGCAGCGAGAGGGGACCAUGGCAGCCGUGGGGUUUGAGGAGUUCUCGGCCCCGCCGGGCUCAGAGUUGGCGCUACCCCCCCUGUUUGGCGGCCACAUCCUGGAGAGCGAGCUAGAGACCGAGGUGGAGUUUGUGUCUGGUGGCUUGGGGGGCUCGGGGCUCCGGGAGCGCGACGAAGAGGAAGAGGCAGCCCGGGGGCGGCGGAGGCGCCAGCGAGAGCUGAACCGCAGGAAGUACCAGGCGCUGGUCCGGCGCUGCCGGGAGAUCGAGCAGGUGAACGAGCGCGUCCUCAACAGGCUGCACCAGGUCCAGCGGAUCACUCGGAGGUUGCAGCAGGAGCGCAGGUUCCUCAUGAGGGUGCUGGACUCCUACGGAGAUGACUACCGGGCCAGCCAGUUCACCAUUGUGCUGGAGGACGAGGGCAGCCAGGGCACAGACACCCCCACCCCAGGCAAUGCUGAGAACGAGCCUCCUGAGAAGGAGGAGCUGUCCCCACCCAGAAGGACUCCGGCAGCCCUGGAAGCCAGCAGCCCAGCCCCUGGUGAGGGGCUCAGUGGGCGGAAGAGGCGGCGAGCACCACGGGAUGGGGGCCGGGUGGGUGCUUUGCUGACCCCAGAGCCGGCCCCUGUGCAGGUUAAGGUCGAGGAAGACUUUGGCUUUGAAGCAGAUGAGACCCUGGAUUCAAGUUGGGUGUCUCGGGGUCCUGACAAACUGCUGCCCUACCCUACUCUGGCCACCCCACCCUUCGACUGACCCCACCCCAAUAAACCAACCCCAUGUACAUUG